GGCAAAACCUGCUCCCCAUUGACUUUCGGGGUGGGAUUGAGACGUGCAUGAUUUGUCUCCCACUGAUAAUCCCUCUGCAACCAGGCGCAUCUGUAAUUGCCAUGGUUUCCAGGAAGACAGAAUUCGAUUUUGCUCUCCCAACUCAGUUCCUGGGUGUUCUCGGAUCUCCCCAGCUUGGUCCAUCUCUCUUCUCUUCCACGGUCUGGUAGUUUUCCCUUGCUCCAUCUUCGCACUCGGUAGCUAUGGGCAAAGAUAAUCCCCUUUUUUAUGCUGGAUGCAAGGAAGAAGAAGCGUCUUUCCACUAUGCCUCACCCCCAGUAGCAUCACCGCCACCGCCACCGUUGCCACCACCACCAGCAGUUUCCCAUCAUCACCUCUUUUUCACAAAAUCUGUUAUGGCGUUGGUACUUAUUUCAACUGUCUUCAUGUUCGUUAGCCUCUAUAUCACGUUUGUCAGGUGGUACCGGAGAAGGAGUCCGCACCGGAGGGCUAUGCAACAGCAGCAGCAGCCGCCGCCGCCUGCUAUGGAUCAGUUUCUUGAGGGCGAAGAACCGAUCAACUAUAUUUGGUACAUCAACACGGUGGGUCUCGAUGAAUCGCUCAUAAACUCGAUUACUUCCUGCAAAUUCAAGAGUGGGGAGGGCCUAGUGGAAGAAACGGGGUGCUCAGUUUGUCUGAGCGAGUUCGAAGAUGGUGACGAUCUCAGGCUUCUGCCCAAGUGUAGCCAUGCCUUUCACCUUCAGUGCAUAGAUAGAUGGCUAAGGGCUCAUGUUAAUUGUCCCUUGUGCCGUGCACCGGUCUUCGCUAAUAACCUUAAUUCAGUUUCUGGAGAUAAUAUCGCUACAGGGCCCUCCUCAAUGGACGCAUCGUAUGACCUAGAAUCGGCUGAUAGCAACGGCGAUCUGAGCAGGAAUUCAGAUUCAUUGGCAGUUGAAAUUGGAGAAUCGGGGCUUGAAAAUGAAACGGUGAUGACAAAUCUUGAUGUUCUUGGGGUGCUUGGUGGCCAAUCUAGCGGCGGUGAGCAAAAUGGGAUGACAGUGGAUGAGACGACAGAAUUUCAACCGGUCAGAAGAUCUGUGUCCUUAAAUUCGUUGGCUAGGAUGCAUGCACCUGCGGUGUUGGCAACGAGUUCGGCCCGCGAAUUCUCGGAUCUUCCAUGUGGAUCGGUGGUGGAAGCAGGAUCAUCAGAUCGUGGAAACUUGAAUCUGGGAGGGUUUUCCAGGUUCAGAGAAGUUCCCUUUGAAAAGAGAGGCGAUAAAAGUGAAAGAGAAGUUGAUAGGGAGCCAUGUCCGCAGAAGGGCCCGUCUUGCAUGAGGAGAUCUUUCUCUAUUGGCACAAAUUUUUUCUUUUCGAAACAUGGGCGUAAUCGGAGCUUUGUUCUUCCUCUAUGAACGAAGUUCCUACGACAUUUCCAUGUCCUUUUUUUUUCCUUUCCACGGAGGAGCAGUCCUCUGCAUGCAUGUUUCACAGCUUUCUCAAACUCAGAAGCUUGGUGAAUCUCGCCUCAGUCGCGGCAACUGUACUAAAAAGUACGAAAAGAAGAACCUUAUACAUAAAAUAGGAUCAACAGUUUGUUUA